AUGCACGAAUUCCUCCUGUUCGCCCCCGUCCCUGCCCACCAGCACCAUGAACUGCUCCAGCAGCUGGCCGGUCUCACGGCCAUGCAGCCGCGCCACCGACUAGAACGACGCCUAAUUUUCAAAGCGAACCGCAAAGCAGGCCGCAUCAACACCCGCCUCGGAGGCGGCAGCCAGGAUGUCCAGGCCACCGAAAUCCAGCGUCUGCUCAAAAUGAUGAAUGGAGCCACGUAUUACAAUCGCGUUGUGAGCGUUGUUGCCGAAGACGACUUUGGCGCCCCCGCGGAAGAGUACGAUUUCGACUCGCAAUUGUGGAGGAUGGAGUGGAGGGAUAUCCCUGAAGCUGGCACUCGAUCGGGCGUCACAUCGCGUCUCAUGGCGAAUGCUGUCCUUCCGCAGGGGGAUAUCGUCAGUGUGAUGAAGGCUUGGGGAUAUACUUUCGUGAAUGAGUUUGUCAUUGAAGGCGACGUGUUCGUCUACAAUGAUACCGUCCUCUUCCUCCACCGCGUCCUGAACUACCCCGAAGAUAACCAAACUACGCAACAAACGCAAAGACCGCGGACAGCACUACCGCCUCUAAAGGACCUGACCCUAUUAGACCCGAGUGGGAGCUACCUUUUGCAGGCUUCAGCCACUGUCCAAGACGGUGCCAAUGCGGAAACAGCUACGCAGCGCCUCUAUGGACUGAGGGAUCAGCUCAGGACUGCUGUCAGGCUGGAGCAGGCAGAUCGCCUGUCUUUGGAUACGAGGGUUAAAUGA